CAAGUAUUCAUUCAAGCAAUAAUUCCUAAUUUCGAAUUCAAAUCUGGGAAGGAAAUCUUGAAAAAUACUAACCAGUAGAAGACAAAGAAUGGAUCCAAAAAGAGAAAAAGGAUAGACACGUGUCAAAUAUCCAACUCCGAGUAACGUUCUCCUUCCAUGGUUUUAGUUUUCCCUCUCAUGCCAAAGGUUUGAAUUUACACAAAAAUAUCAUUCAAAACUUGGAAACAAUUUUAAUGCACCUUCCAAAAAAUUCAAUAUAGCAAUCCCUGCAAUCACGCUCCUCCUCCUUCUCUCUUCUCGCCAUGGAUGAAGCAGACCCCCACCUCGGCUCUAGCUCCGGCUCGUUUCACCUGCUGCCUCCUCCUCCUUCUUUAGUCUCUCUCUCCCCUUUUUCUCCCAUCCCCUCCCCGGCCUCUCGCCGCCUUUCCAGUCACUUCAUUCCUAGCCGCCCAGUCCCCUCGGCUCGACGGCUUGCUUGGGUCUCUCUCCAGGGAAGGAUUCUUAAUGCGGAGGAAGCCAGCUCGGCUAAAGCAAUUGGGGGUGGCUUGAGCCGAGAGCAAAUACUUGCCUGGGAGCUGCUUAGUCCAAUGCAAAGGUUCCUCAUUGUAGCCGUGAUCGGCGUCGCUGUUGCGGAGUCUAAAAAGAAUAGGCUCAUUUUGCAGCUCAAAAAAUCCGUGGAGCUUAGGGAUCAGGUGCUAUCAAGAAUGCAACAGAAGCUAGACGACCUAUGCGAGCAGGUGAGUAGCAUUAAGAACCGUGCAGGAGUUGAAGCCAAUGCAUCAUUAAACAAGAACGUAAAAUCACCAUCUAGUGAUGCUUUUGGCUGCAAUAACAUUAAAUUUGUUGACUGCGGUUGUUGGCAUUGUGAUCAUCACCAAAACCUUUUUGCCGGCUUCAUGGGCAACUCUGAUGUUAAAAUUUCCAGAGGGGAUGAAGUGUUGCAGUAUAAGAUGCCUUUACUAAAUGAUGUGGAACAAGAGGAACGGCGCAUGUCAGAUUUGUCAGAUUGGGCUUCAAGUGUUACAUCAACAGCAGAUAUCCAGAUGAACACAUCUGCAAUUGACCAAGAUAUCUUCAAUCUCAAGAGAGAGUGUGAUGAGAAGGAUGCCACCAUAAAGGAGCUGAUUUCAACUCUUCAGUCAACUAAUAUGGCAGGCUCAAAGAGAACUGCAGAGUUGGAAGAUAUUAUUCGCAGGAAGAACACAAUGAUUUCGAAACUUAGGAAGGACUCGAUGGUGUUGGAACAAAAGUUGGUCCAGCUUACAAGGCUUCGGAGAACAUCUUCCUCUCUGCCUAUAUCAGACAGUUGGGAAGUACCAUUUAUGCUGGAUAACAUAGUUUAUGAUAUGGACAAUAGUACUAGCCCUUCCUCUUCCGAUUCAGACUCUUCUCCUGGGAACAGGGCGCAAGCUUCAGUUAUUAAAAAUCAGGUGACCUCGAUUUAUCAUAGUGCAAAUAGCCCUCCCCAGCCAGCUUUGGUUUCCUCUCAUUUGAACCAACAACAAGCUGAUAUUGUCCCCAUUCAGGAGACCCCUCUUCAAAGUAGUGACCUUGCUCCAGCAACAAAGCAGACAUCAGCACCAUCAAAGACGUUGAGUUCUUUGGCAAGAUUAAAUGAACAGCAAACAAAGUCUAGACCAGUAAGUCCUCUUACAGAAAUAUCAAUGAAUCAGAAGUCCAGUAAACUUUCUUCUUUGAGGCCAAAGCAAUUGUCAACUAGUGGGGAAUUUACGAAGAUUAGAAGGCGAAUCCAAACUACAUCUACUGAUGCAACUCCAAAGAAGAGAUGGGUCUAGUUUAUGUGGUACAUAUCUAUUUUGAGUAGAGGAUCUAGCAAUUUCAAGACGAAUGCCUAUUGUCAAAACUUAAGUAGAGCCCACUUCAUCUAUGUUCAAGAGCCAUGUUGCUGAUAAAUUCAUGUAAUUGCAGAACUACAGUACUAUGUUAUGGUUAGGUCUGAACGAAGUCUUCAUUUUUGAAAGUAAUAUCAUCCCUAGUAAUUAUGGUCUAGUGGAAAUUUGUUUA